UGUUAAGAAGUUAACGUUACUUUAACGUCUGUUGAACCACCAUAACAAGUCUAACGAGCCAUUUUUACAUCUAAUUUGGACAAAGUCGAGAGAAAACACUGAACUGUGACAGAUAUGGAAGAAGCAGAGACCAUCCCGAUACGUUCCAGAAAAGAGCUGCGUAAGCAGAAGUUGAUGGAAUACUUGUCAGGAAAGGGAAAGCUGAAACAGCUCAACUCUAAGCCAUACCUCCAUGAUGACAUCCAGGUUAAGAGGCCUGUCACGUCUACACAAAAGGUGGUCAUGGAAAAAGAGAACACAGCUCCAGCGGACAGAUUCAGAUAUGAAGGCACAAAAAUUCAAACUUUGGCUGCUCAAUCCACAAAACAGCCUGCCAGAGAAGCAUUUGGUGUUACUAACAAAGUGAAUAUAAAAGCCAACAUCCCAACUGGGCGGCGAAAUAACAGUCGUACUGCUGCAACCUCUGGCCCAGCACAGCCAAAACUUAAUCAAAACCCUGUGCUGACAAGAACCUACACCGUUGUGUCGUCCAAAUCCAACUGGAAUGAAGCCACCCAUCCUAAAAAGCGGCCAGAAACAGGAAGUCCAUCUUCAGGCAGAAUCUCUUCAAAUGCAGCUCAUACAGCUGCUACAAAAUCAAACAGCAGAUUCAGCAGGAGCUCAAAUGCUACCAGGUCAUGUCCAGUGAAGACAGCCAGUAUCAGGAUGAGUCUCGGCCCCAUGGUCAAAACAAAGACAGGACUCAUUCCUGCAGUGACCCAGCCAAGAAACACUCAGAGUCAAAACUUAAGACACACCUCUGCCAAAGCAGCUGAUACCACCAUCGCCACAACUGCUUCUGUAGCUAAUAAGGUACGAUCCAGCUCCUUGUCAUCAGCUUCUGUUUCCCAGCGGUCUGCUAUGGCUCAGAGAAAAACAUUACCUGCCACUGCUCUAAAUAACCCUGUUAAUGAGAGAUCAACAGCUGGAAUUAAAGUUCAACAACAGAACAAGUUAAACUCAAAACCACUUUUGGGCAAACAAUCUCAGCCAUCUUGCAAGAGUCAACUAACAUGUGGACUGAAUUCGGUGUCCACCUCCUCCAAAUGCACAGCAGCACCUAUUAAGCCAAAGGGAAGAGAGGGGUUGUCAAAAACUGUGAAAUCAGCUGGCCAGCCCACAGACAGGUGCACAAAGCAGAGAUUCGAGAGUGGAGGGCAGAAAAAUGGCCAAUCACGCAAAGUUGCUGCUCAGACAUCCUCAGGGCCAACGAGCAGGUGCAGCUCCAGAGCAGUCAGUGGGGUUAGGCGUGCUGCAGUGGCUGAGCUGCGAGGGAAAACCAUGACAUGUAAAGAGACCGAUGGCAAGAAGGGUUCAGCAAAUGCCCCUCCACCAAAACGAACAGGCGCUCCAGUUAUGUCCCAGACAGUGCCACGGCCUGCACGGACCAUCAGCCACACCAGUCAGGGCACAGACACAAAGAUGCCAAAGGUCCCUGUCAGGGUCCUUCCCCAGACUGAGGGAAAGAAGGUGACCGCUGCCCAGGAGGAAAGAAUGAGAAAGCUACGCGAAUGGCGGGAAGCCAAGGGCAUUUCCUACAAGCGUCCUCCAAUGCCGGUGAAGCCUCAGGUUAGGCGCACUGUGGCUGUGCCCCAGCCUUUCUGGGCAACCAUGAAUGAGGAAGACGAAGCCCACUCCCUCAUCUGUGCCAUGGACCGAUCCCUGGCUGACUGCAUCAAAUUGCUUGGAGAGGGUUGCCCUCCAGACCAGGUGAGGGAGGUCCUCACACGGCUGCCAGCAGUGUCCCAGAAGUUUACCAAAUACUGGAUCUGUCAGGCCCGCCUGAUGGAACAAGAAGGCAACCUGGAUGUCCUGCCCAUGUUUGAAGAGGCUGUUGGUCUUGUGGUGGAGCCAGUGGAUGAGCUGCGGACUGUGGUGUUUGAGAUUCUGAAGAAAAAGGAUGAGAUCCAAGUGUCCGCAGAAAAUGAGAAAGAGGAGGACCAAAUUCCAACAGGUGAAAGCACUCCCGAAAGUAUCAACAACCUGAUGAUGACCCCCAAACCUGUGAGAGCUCUCAUCUGGGGAGAGAAAGGAGACUCAUCUGUAGUCAAGUACAAGAUCACAGCAACUCCUGGUGGACCGCCAAGCCAACAGAAGGACCCAGCGCGAGUCAACGGCCACGAGGUUCGCUUUUUCACUCCAGUUAGACGCUCAGUCCGAAUUGAGAGAUCCUCUCUCCAAUAUCCCGCGUCCCUCCAGGAUCACGAUCAAUGUGUAGCGUCCUACAAUGACCUGAUCUCUGAGGAGGAUACUGAGAGAAGUGAGGAGCAGACGAGCAGGGAAACCAGCCCAUCCGCUAACAAUACGCCUAUGUACGUCUACAGACAGAACGAAGCACUUAAUGACAAAGUGUUCGUUCAGCUAGUCUAUGAUGAAGGCGUUUAGCUGUAUGUGCUCACUUCAUCUACACCAGUUUGCAGACUAUGUUCAGCAUUUAUCGCUGUUCAUGGCAGCGUCAAAAAAAAAAAAAAAAGUCAAAUGUAUGUACAUACUUUUGUGUAGUUGUAUUUCACCCUUUCCCUGAACCCCAGUGAGUUUUAGCCUUGUAAAACUAGAACCUCACAUUUUAGACAAUAAGCUGUUUUUUUACAGUCAGAUAUUUCUGACACUUGCUUAUGAAGAAGUUAUUGGGUUUAUUCAUUUUGCCCCUGUAUUAUUUUAGCCCAUUAAAUAAUGUGGUGUACAUAGUAAUGUAAAAUAAAUGGCUGUGUUUUUUUGAACUCA